ACGCGUACAAAAACAAUCCGGCGUUUCAACUCCCAUUUGGGUUAUGGGUUGUUUUUCUCCGGCUUAAAAAGCCAUGCUCAGAGUUCCCGCCAGUUUUCGAAACCUUAGAGCAUCCCAUUUUUCACUCUCAUCCUCUGUUUCAGGUUCUAAUUUCCACAACAAUCUCACAGAGCUCUCCGAAUGCUUGGUGGGUUUCAUGAAUUACACCAAACUGAGUGCCCCAUCUUACAAGUCACUCCUCUCCGAUCACCUCAAAAACCAUAGACUAGAUGAAGCUAUCGUGGUUUUCAAUAAAAUCCCUUUUCCUGGUGUUGAUACAUACACCAAAUUGAUAACGGGGUUUUCGCGAAGGCACAGACUUGAUGAUGCCCUGAAGCUGUUCUACGAAAUGCCUGAGAGAGAUGUGGUCUCUUGGAAUGCGAUGAUCAAAGGGUGUUUGGAUUGCGGGGAUUUGAGUAAGGCUAAGGAGCUGUUUGAUGGUAUGCCGGAAAAGAGUGUCGUGUCGUGGACGACGAUGAUGAAUGGGCACUUGCAGGUUGGUGAGGUCGAGAUGGCAGAGUGCUUGUUUCGGAAAAUGCCGGCGAGGGAUGUGGCUGCGUGGAACUCGAUGAUCCAUGGAUAUUUUAGCUAUGGAAGAGUGGGAGAUGCUAAGAAGUUGUUUGAGGUGAUGCCUGGGAAGAAUGCCAUUUCGUGGACUUCGAUGAUUGCUGGGCUUGACCAGAAUGGGAGGAGUGAGGAAGCUUUGGUUGUUUUCGGGGAGAUGGUGGCGUCUGGUGUACAACCCACUUUGACCACAUUUGGGUCUGUGGUGACAGCUUGUGCAAAUUUGGGGAGUUUAGAUUUAGGUGUUCUGGUUCAUGGUCAGAUUGUCAAAUUAGGGUACUGCUUUGAUGAGUUCUUAGCUGCUUCACUUAUAACACUUUAUGCAAACUGCAAGCAAAUUGAGAAUUCUCACAAGGUGUUCAAGGAGAGUGGGCAUAAAAAUGUGGUGGUAUGGACGGCUCUUUUAACAGGAUGUGGAUCAAAUUCUAAACACGAAGAUGCAUCAAUGGUUUUCAGGGAUAUGAUGAUCUCAGGAGUCAUCCCCAAUCAAUCUUCUUUCACUAGUGCUUUGAAUUCAUGUUUCGGAUUGGAAGAUCUCCAUAGGGGAAAGGAGAUUCAUGCCGCAACUGUUAAGCUGGGUUUUGAAACUGAUGCCUUUGUGGGUAAUUCUCUUAUUGUCUUGUAUGCCAAAUGUGGAAGUAUAAAUGAUGGAGUGGCUAUAUUUAAGAGAAUUGGUGAGAAGAACAUUGUCUCAUGGAAUUCAACCGUCAUUGGAUGCGCACAACACGGUUGUGGCAAGUGGGCUUUGGCUCUCUUCAACCAAAUGUUACGAGCAGGUGUAGACCCCGAUGAAAUUACAUUCACGGGGUUGCUCUCUGCAUGUAGCCAUUCUGGGAUGUUGCAGAAAGCAAGAGGCUUUUUCAAAUUUUUAUCUCAGACUAAAUGUAUUGAGGUCAAAAUUGAGCACUAUACAUGUAUGGUGGAUGUCUUGGGACGAUUUGGUGAAUUGGAAGAAGCGGAGGAGAUGAUUAGAAACAUGCCUGUUCAAGAAACUAAGAUGGCAUGGCUAACUUUACUUGGUGCUUGUAGGAUGCAUUCCAAUUUGGAUGUGGCUGAAAGAGCAGCAAAGAGUAUUUUCGAUAUAGAACCGAACUGUAGUGCUGCUUAUAUUUUAUUGUCCAAUAUAUAUGCUUCUGCAAAUAGAUGGAGUGACGUAAGCAGAAUUCGAGAGAGGAUGAAGUCUGGUGGAACUGUAAAACAACCCGGUUCCAGUUGGUUUACUCUGUAGGAUUAGCAAGCAAAUUUUAUCAAAAGUUACAUUUGUUAGGAGGAAAUUUGAAGGAACUUGUCGAUCGAUCAGAGGUUUGCUUUGCAUGGAUGUCGACACUAAACAAAAAGAGAUGAUGUUCUCAUCACUGCGAGAGAGUUGCUAAGUUGCUCUUCGAUUUGGGUUUGGUUAAAUGGUGUGGAAAUGAAUAAUCUGUGUUUGUUGUCACAAAAAUUGUAUAUGGAAUUGAUUUAGUUCAUAUAGAAUCACACUCAUCAUAUCACAUCGUAAUAACUUUUGACGCACUAAUUAAUGUGUUUAUCCAAGUGUCGGUGCUUACAA